AUGGGACACGGCAGUCGCGUUUUGGGGUACCACUUCAGGGUAGGAUACCUCCUCAGCGACUGCCUGGACCAGGACUCAGCGGACUGGCUGAGGGCCGUUGUGCGCUUGCUCAGAACGUGGAAGGGCGUGCCCCUAGAAACCAAGGUGGGAGAAGAUAUCCCCGCGGCAUAUAAUGUCACGGUCUUCUGCCCCAGAAGCUCGGACAGAAAAAAUGAGGAACUUCUCACGAUGCUUGGGCGACAGAACAGGCUGGAGACGGAUGCCUGGAGAGUGGUCUCCCGAAGGAACGAUGGAGACGGAGCACUCCUCGUCAUCGGGAUCGACCAGCUCACCCGAGACGAGAUCGUAGCUAGAGGGCAUCAGCUCAACUUUAGGUAUGGUACCGUCUCGGUGAGUGGGCUGAGAAAGGCGGCAAAGAUGGCCGAAACAGAAGGAGCGCUCUCUGGUCCCCCUGAUGGCAAAGUGGAGGUCGAGGAAUCCCUCGACGAGCCACAGGAGCCUAUGGGUACAGAGGAGGACCCUGGCGCCGUUACAGACGUGAGGAAUGAGGAUGAGAAGCAUCCUACGCCCUCCGACAAUAACGACGAAAUUGAGGCCGACGUCACUCUGACGGAUGGCAGUGGAGGGGAACACCCGCCCCCUUCACCAAAGAUGGAGCAUCCGCUCCAAUGA